GGGUUUCAUCCCUUCCUUAACACACUCACUACCAACUCCCAAAAACGAACUACUUGUUCCACUCCAACAGAAUAUCCUUCCUUCCUUCCUGAUAUAAUCAAUCAAAUUACACACAAUGUCUUCACUUCUUCACAAUCACCUCACAAGUUCUUCUUCUUCUUCUUCACUUUCUUCAUCCACCUCCUCAUUUUUCGCUCAAAACAGUUUUGAUGCUGUCAGAAGUCAGAUAGUAAGUGUUGUACCUUCUGCUAAAAAAGCUGGUUUUUGUAAAUGUGUUGCUACUUCCCCUCCCGAACACACCGCUUACAAGACGAAAGUGUCUCGCAAUGGGAACAUUGCUAAACUUCAAGCUGGCUACCUUUUUCCGGAGAUUGGUAGAAGGAAGGCUGCACACAUGCAAAAGUAUCCUGAUGCACAAGUGAUAAGCCUUGGAAUUGGUGAUACCACCGAGCCAAUUCCAGAAGUCAUUACGUCUGCCAUGGCUAAGAGAGCACUUGACUUAUCUACUGUUGAGGGUUACAGUGGAUAUGGAGCUGAACAAGGUGAAAAGGAACUGAGAGCUCGUCUUGCUUCAACGUUUUAUGGAAACCUUGGAAUAGAGGAAGAUGACAUUUUUGUAUCUGAUGGUGCAAAAUCUGACAUUUCUCGCCUUCAGGUCUUAUUUGGGUCGAACGUUACUAUGGCAGUGCAAGAUCCAUCAUAUCCGGCUUAUGUAGAUUCAAGUGUCAUUAUGGGUCAGACAGGACAGUUCCAAAAGGAUGUUGAGAAAUUCGCAAAAAUUGAAUACAUGAAAUGUACUCCGGAGAAUGAUUUCUUUCCUGAUUUAUCUAAGGUUUCUCGAACAGAUAUCAUAUUUUUCUGUUCACCUAACAACCCAACGGGUUCAGCUGCAUCAAAAGAGCAGCUAACCCAGUUAGUAAAAUUUGCCAAGGACAAUGGGUCCAUCAUAGUUUAUGAUUCAGCAUAUGCCAUGUACGUGUCAGGUGACACCCCUAAAUCCAUCUUUGAAAUUCCCGGAGCCAAAGAGGUAGCAAUUGAAACAGCAUCUUUCUCUAAGUAUGCUGGAUUUACGGGUGUUCGUCUUGGCUGGACUGUAGUCCCAAAAGAACUUAAGUUUUCAGAUGGAUUUCCUGUGGCCAAGGACUUUAACCGCAUUGUCUGUACUGGUUUCAAUGGUGCAUCAAACAUCGCUCAAGCUGGUGGCCUUGCAUGCCUUUCUCCUGAAGGUCUUAAGGCUAUGCAUGAUGUCGUUGGGUUCUACAAGGAAAACACACAGAUUAUAGUGGAUACAUUUACUUCACUAGAGUUUAAGGUAUAUGGAGGAAAGCAUGCCCCGUAUGUGUGGGUUCACUUCCCAGGUCAAAGAUCAUGGGACGUGUUCAGUGAAAUUCUUGAGAAGACCCAUGUUGUGACCACUCCUGGUAGCGGUUUUGGACCUGCUGGUGAAGGGUUUGUUAGGGUCAGCGCCUUUGGACACCGGAACAAUGUGUUGGAAGCCUGCCGGAGAUUCAAGAAACUCUACAAGUAAGAAAAACGAACCCGUCUACUACCAUCCAGGUUUUGUAGCUCUAAACUGUUCCAUAAUCUUAGCAUUGCCAUCGCCAUCGCCUUUUUAUUGAUUUUGUGUUACUUCAGAAUAAUGAAAGAUGCUUAAUUUUUGUAGAGCUCAAGAUGAUUGAGACUCUACAGAUAUCUAUUGUUUUUAAGUGGUUCUUGUAUUUUGAAAAUGUGGAACAUGAGUACUAUCUGAAUGUUUUUUUAGAUGUUA